AUGUUUAUGGCCGGCCACACUGGAAGAACGCCUGAAUUUUGCCACGAUAGGGAAAUCAUUUACGGACUAGGAUGCUUCAACGUAAAUCGCACUAAGGAGAAGCACAUUGAGCAGUAUGGUGAUGAGGAUACAUACAUAGCAUACGAAAUCAUCUUGACAGUGUAUCGCGGAAUCCACCUUUGCCUAUCUAAAUCUCGUGGUCGGUUGGCGCGUCUAUUGCCGGGCUGGCGCCAACCCGCCGCAACCUUAUCUCGCGAUUUGGCGCUUUUAAACCUCCCACAUCACCCACUCUGGGGCAAAUCCGACGUCAACAUGCGACGAACAUGCCCACGACGGCCUGUUGUCCUGCAUUCAAAGUAUGCGAUUAAGAUUACCGUCCUCAUUGGGCGGCUCCCCCUGCCUGCUUCUCCCUGCCGACAUAGCGCAAAACAAGCCCUCUUGCAACCAACCAUAAAUGGCCUCCCAGUGCAAUCAUCGCAGACUUUUCACUAUGUGUCACGCACACCAAAUUUGCGCAAAAACUCAGCCGCCUUGAUGGUUACUGCGCCGGGAAUGAACUCUUCUAUGCUACAUACGACGAGUCGCACAGCCGGGAUUGCGCAACCAGCACCAGCUUCUCAAGUCCCGCUUGAUACCAUUGAAGAGACUCUGGCAUACUCGUCACUCUCCAAUGCACCAUUUGAUAUCGAAACACCACUUGCUGGAGUCCUCGACCCAGAAGCUGAUGUCGAUAUCCCCGUUGACAUAAAGGACAUCAAGGAGGCGGCAUCGCGACCACCGCCGGUUAACAGCAACUACCUACCCCUUCCAUGGAGAGGCCGAUUGGGAUAUGCCUGCCUAAACACAUACUUGCGCACCUCCAACCCGCCCGUCUUCUGCGCUCGCACCUGUCGCAUCUCCUCAAUCCUCGAAAACCGCCAUCCGCUCCAAGACCCCACCCAGCCGGCCCACCGGACCAAAAACCGCCCCGAUCUCCAGCAACCGCCUGAUAUCGAGCGCGGGCUAGCAUAUGUGCAGUCACUGGGUCUCGCGAAUGCACGCGAUAUUGUGAAAAUGCUCCGCUGGAAUGAGCGCUAUGGGAUUAAAUUUAUGCGGCUUUCGAGCGAGAUGUUUCCCUUCGCAAGUCAUGUGGAGCAUGGGUAUAGAUUGGAGCCUUUCGCAUCUGAUGUCCUAGCGGAGGCGGGGAGAAUUGCGGCCGAGUUGGGCCACCGGUUGACUGUUCAUCCGGGUCAGUUUACGCAAUUGUCUUCGCCGCGACCAAGUGUUACCGAAAACUCCGUCCGAGAUCUUGAAUAUCAUGCUGAAAUGUUACGGUUAUUGAAACUGCCACCUCAGCAGGACCGGGAUGCCGUGAUGAUUUUACAUAUGGGCGGUGUCUUUGGCGACAAGCAAGCUACCCUUGAUCGUUUCCGGAAGACUUACAGGACGCUAUCGGGUGAUAUCAAGAAUCGCCUCGUUUUGGAGAACGACGAUGUGAGCUGGACUGUGCACGACCUGUUGCCCAUCUGCGAGGAGCUGAAUAUCCCUCUUGUGCUCGACUACCACCAUCACAAUAUCAACUUCGCUGCAGACAAGGUCCGCGAGGGGACCCUGGAUAUCAUGACCCUCUACGACCGCAUCGCCGCUACUUGGGCCAGAAAGGGAAUCACGCAGAAAAUGCAUUAUUCGGAGCAAACGCCGUCCGCUCUAACAAAAAAGCAGCGACGAAAACAUAGCUCGCGCGUCCAGAUGCUACCCCCUUGCGAUCCCACUAUGGAUCUCAUGAUUGAGGCUAAGGAUAAAGAACAAGCUGUCUUUGAACUUAUGAGGACUUAUAAACUUCCGGGCUUUGAGAAAAUUAACGACAUUAUACCCUUCACGCGCUCCGAUGAUAAUAAAUUUCGGGGGUGCAGUAAGAAGAAGACGAAAAAGGCGACAACAACAGUGAAGAAGUCGUCCUCGUCGCCCUCUAAGCAGCAAGAUCCUGUUGCAUCAGAUCAUAACAAUGAUGUUGGUGAUAGCGACGACACCACCUCGACGCUCAUUCCGGAAGAAGAAGUUGGCAUGGGUGGACCAGAAGGCCGUGUCUACUGGCCUCCCGGCAUGGACCAGUGGUUGCAGCCGGUCAAGCGUGCGUCCAAAGCUGAUAUUGCGGAGACUAUCGUGGCUCAAAGUAGUAGCGGCACCAGCGCACUGCUUACUUCGACCCCGACGACGCCGCGGAAAAGGGGAAGACCGAGCAAAAAUAAAGAUGCUGCGGCGGCUGCAAAGUCCAUCGCAGGGAAACUCGCAGCGUCGAAACGGCCGAGGCCUGGAAAGAUGGCUACGUUAUCCUCUAGCGGUAGCGGUAGCGGUAGCAACCAGAAUGAAAUCGCUGCUGGCCCGGCUGCUACGGAAAAGGAGGCUCCGGCUACCCGUGUUUCGGGAAGAACUAGGGGGAGGAAGGUAAAUUAUGCGGAAGAGGUCUCUGCCUGACAUCUUGGAUUCCGCGGAUGGGUUCUAUUCUUGCGUUGGGGCGUUGGGAGUAGUGUAGUAAUAAAGAAGGGACUUGAACAUCAAGGCCAAUGGCGAAAUGGAAGGCGUUAAACGGAGUAUAUCCGGAGGCAAAGAAGGUAGUAUUGUAUAAAAAUAAUACAAAUUUUUGAGUACGCAGGAGAGGUCUCUAUUCCUAUCUCGUU